GCCGGUAGACCGUCUUCAACUGAAAUCAUUGAGCCGUCAGUACUCAGAGGUCUUGUUAGAUAUCACCCUUGAGAAUCACUUCUCACCUCUAUCUGACUUUUUCUGAAGACCGUAGCAAUGCCUUCACAACGCUGCCUUCAAAAAUGGAAGACUCCAAACUUCUUCCCCCAGGAAUUCGAGACCCUUCUCGUCGAGUUCUCACGAACACGGGUGUAAAAGACAAAGCCACAAUCGAAAAGUACGGUGCAGAGACAAACGAAAAAUAUGGAAGCUAUCGCGAAGAGCUCAGCCCAGCCACCGGUACCUUAGGUGUCGUCCUCCGCGACUCAACUUUGACUUUUAAAACUGGAGGAACCACUGUGAUACCAAUCGGCACCAAACAUCGGUUCUUCAACCUCGGAGGAGGAGACCGUCAGGUUUCUGGGCAAGGUCGUGCCUGCACAUGAGGGUUUCGAAAAUAGUUUAUAGGCUAGCUGGGGAAGGAGAGUGUGAUGCUCAGGGACUGCCAAAGAGCUAUAUGCAUUUUCGCUUGACGGCGG